AUGAUCAAUCUGUUCGACUUGAGCGCUGGAGCCAGCGCCAGGGUCGCCGCCAGAGAUGGUUCUCCGGUGAGAGGAACGCAGUCGGACCGCAAGGACUACGCCGAUCUCAAGUCCACGGUGACUGGCAGCAUGAGGAGGAGCUCGUCGGACAGAUCCGGCGGCACGCCCAUGAAGACGCUGAUUGCGCAGGAGAUGGCGAAGGAGGGGGACACAAAUCAGAAGAACACUAAUGUUAUAGCAAGGCUGAUGGGCCUCGACGAAGGUGUGGCCUUUCCCAAGCCUGCUCAGCCUUCAAGCAGGAGGAGAUCUCCGGAGGGCCACUUAUCAACCACGAUGGCAAGGGUCAACAACCAAAUGUCGUUCGACAAGCAUGCAGGCUCUGUUGAAAAUGUGGAAUAUAAGGAUGUCUAUGAGGUGGGAUACCAGCCACAAAGGUGUGAGCAUUUGAGCGACGAUUCUUCACGCGGAGGGAGGCCACUUGAAGAUCAUGACAAGAAAAGAAUGGAUCUCGUCCGGCAGAAGUUUGUUGAAGCAAAGCAGCUAGCCUCGCAUGAGAAUCUUCUCCAAUCGAAAGAAUUCCAUGAUGCUCUGGAGACUUUGAAUUCAAACAGGGACUUGUUUCUCAAGUUUCUCGAAGAACCCAACUCACUCUUCGCAAAGCAAUCUGGUGAGUUCCAUUCUGCGCCAACGUCACCACAAAGGAAGCAAAUAACCGUGUUGAAGCCUGCCAGAUCAGUGGAGCUGAAGAGCGAAAAUGCACUUAAAAGGCAGCAAAACCAUGCAGUUCAUGGGAGUAGAACAGAGAAAAGCAAUCUUUGUAGGAAGCCCAAUGCUGGUCAUGCCAGAGCAGAAAGGCGUCCACAGCACACUCGGAUAGUGGUCUUAAAACCUACCUCCGCAAUCACCACAGCAGAGCAGUUUCAACAAAAUGGUCAUGGUAACUCUGAUGAUUCUGAUGCUCCUGUUGUAUCAAGGCAUGUGAGUGAUGAGAUACACUGGUCAGCACACGGCAUGUGUCACCAGCAUGAUGAGUGUUUGCAGGGUGGCAUACAGUCAAAUAUGGUCGGGCGAGAUAGAUCAUACUAUGAUCGCGCUGAAGAAGGACGCAGUAGCUUCAGUGGCUCGGAGCUUGGAAGCCCAACAUCAUGCCAUUCUUGGGAUUACAUCUACCGGUUUAGCAAUCCUUAUUUCGGCUCAUCUUUAAGCCAUGCUUCUUGCUCUCCUGAGGCACAUGUAGCUAGGGAGGGUAAGAAGCAUGCCUCUGAUAGGUGGCCAAGUGCAUCUUCCAAUGAGAUUAUCCGGGAAAAGGUGCCGAUGCGAAGGAGCUUGAGCACGCUCGGUGAAAUGCUUGCCAUGUCUGAUAUGAAGAAAGAAGAUGUUGUUGAUCAGGUGGCCACUAAUGGCGGCAGCCAGUUGUGUGGCAACGAACAAAGAGUCGCCGUACCAUCUAAUUGCUCUGUUGAUGGUGCGGAAGGAGAAAGCUCCAGCAAUAAUAACAUUUCAAGGUCAAAAUCUGUUCCAGUCUCUUCAUCAGCCUUUGACAGCCUGCGUUUAGACGCUAGAUCUUCAGAUUCUCAACAUAGAGAAGCCACAGCCCCGAAGGAGGCGGCCAAGCCUAGGAAUGGGAAGUCAUCUCUCAAGGGAAAGAUUUCAAGCUUCUUCUCAAUGCGUAGGAAAGCCGGAAAAGAGAAGCUCAUCACAUCUCCCUCGGGGAGCUUGAAUGGCAGAGUUCCUGUGGACAGUGAUGUAGUGGUUGGUGUAUCACGGUCAGCUUGUACCGGCCUACAAGAGGAUGUUGCUUCAGAGAGUUUAGAAGAUAAGUAUCAGUAUGCGACAAUAGUACUUCCGGUCAAGGAAUCAGAGGCGCUUUCUUCUUCUAAGGCUCUGAUUUCUCUUGAGAAAACACACUCAUUUGAGAUUCGGAAUUCACAUUUUGAUGAGCCCAGUCCAACAUCAGUUCUCGACGCGCUGCUUGAGGAUAGGAACGAAAAGUCUGCCAGUUCAUCAGAAAGUGCAAUUACCGCUAAACAAGAACCUUUAUCAAGGUGUCUUCCGAUCGGAUCGGUCGCGCGGACGUUAUCAUGGGACGAAUCCUCCUCUGAAGAAGAGGCCGCGCCGUGCUCUAGCAAAGACGACGAUUCCCACGAGCAAGAGCGGUACGAAUUCGUCGAGAAGAUCCUGUCAUCCGCCGGCCUCUGCGCCGAGGCGACCGGCAACGUGUUCGCCCGGUGGCACUCGCUGGACAGCCCUCUGGCUCCAACCGUGCCCGACCAGUUCCUGGAGCGCAAGGUGGAGGACGCGAAAUGCAGGGAGCGGCGGUCGGGCCAGAGGCUGCUCAUCGACUCCGUCAACGCCGCGCUGCUCGGCAUCGGCCAGAGCACGCUCUGGAGCGCGUACCCUUGCGCCGCAGGGCCGGUCGUGGCCAGCGUGUCGCGGCGGGACGAGCCGGUGGGCGACGCGGCGUGGAGGCUGGUGAAAGGCUGGCUGGCCGACGGCGAGGCGUGCGACGGGCUGCCGGACAAUGUGGGCGUCGCGGCGGCGGACCGGGUCGUCGGCGAGGAGAUCGCGGGCAGGGGGUGGUCCGAGAUGCUGCGGCUGGAGGUGGACGACAUGGCGAGGGAGAUAUGCGGGGACGUCCUGGGCGAGGCCGUUGAGGAGGCGCUGUCGGAGCUCGCCGGCCGCCGUUGA